CUGCACCCCUUCCCCGGGCUCCCCGGGUACCAGUUCCCCCUCCCUCCCCCCCGCUGAGGGUCCCUGCCUCCCGGGGAGCUGGCUCGGAAGGAAAACAUCCAGGACCCAGCCCCUGGCUCCGGCUCCAUCUUGGGCACCUGUAGCGGCCGCAGGAGCAGCAGCGCUUCCGCCGGCCUGCGCGGGCCCGGGGCGGCGAGAGGGCAGCCAUGAGCUCCAGCCACCCUGAGCCAGGGGCCAGGGAACCCCAGAGUCCCCGCCCACAGCCCUUGUCCCAGAGCUCAUCCAGUCUGCUGUGUGAGGGCCGGGAGCAGAGGCCAGAGCUCCGCAAAAGUGCCAGCAGUACCGUGUGGCAGGGCCAGCCGAGUGAAGGUGGCGCUAGGCCCCGGUGCCAGGAAGAAGAAGAGUGCCAUACUGAGCAGACUUCCAGUCCCCGGCCACAGGCCAGUGUGGCAGGUCACUGGCGGAGCAGCACCGUGGGUAAUGUGUCCACCAUGGGCAGUGGUGACCUGUGUCGUCUGCGAGCUCCCUGUGUGGCUGCUGUGCAGAGGAGCCACUCAGACCUGGUUCGUAGUGCCCAGACCCAGGGUCACGGUGGUGCUAGGAAGGCCAGCCUCAGCUGUUCAGCCCUUGGCAGCUCCUCUGUCCACAGGGCUCACCUGCAGCCUGGCAAUGCCACCGGCCAGGGUGGCCAGGCCCCCGCAGGCCUGGAAAAUGAGCCAGCCCCGGAGGAUGGGACUUCUAACUCAGCCUGGAUGUUGGGGGAGAGUCAGGUUUGGGUGCCACCCCUAAACCUGGAGGGCACAACUACCUGUGGCAGCAGUCCCCAGGGUGGGCCCAAAGACACCGGACACCCGUCUGUCACCUCCUGCCAGGCUGUGCCCCCAGCAGCUCUGCUGUGCAGCAGGAGGGAGGCUGUGGCUGGUGGCUGCUGCCAUGCCCUGCCUGCUCCAGGGAUCCUGGCUUUUCCCAAACUGGUGGCAUCCGUGAGUGAGUCUGGGCUUCAGGCUCAGUAUGGGGUGAGAGUCCUCUGUAAGUGGCCCGGGGGUCAUCCCAGGCACUCCCACUGCUGUGCUCACCCUUGGGUGACCAUGGGAUUAGCCACAGAGCCUGGCUCCAGGACCAAAGAUGUGUGGACCAUGACUUCAGCCACUGACUUGGCCCCAGGGUUGGCAUCAGCCCAGGAUGCUGGGGUGCAGGCUGCCCCGGUGGCAGCCUGCAAGGCUGUGGCCACCAGCCCAUCCCUGACAGCUCCUCCAAUGCUGCACAUGUUCCCAGAGGUAACUCUGGGGUCCAGCCUGGGAGAGGCUUCCCCUGUGCGGGAUGUCCGAUGGGACUCUGAGGGCAUGACGUGGGAGGUGUAUGGAGCUUCGGUGGACCCCGAGGUGCUCGGCGUGGCCAUCCAGAAGCACCUGGAGAUGCAGUUCGAGCAGCUGCAGCGGGCUCCGGUCAGCGAGGACAGCCUGUCGGUGGGAGAGAGCCGCAGGGGCCCGCUGCGGGCGGUCAUGCAGUCCCUGCGGCGCCCCAGCUGCUGUGGCUGCUCUGGAGCGGCCCCAGAGUGAGGAGCUCUGACCUCAAACUGGUCUGGCCCAUACACAGCCCUGAGCCAGGACCGAGGACAGCAGGGGCCUGUGUCCCCUAAACCUACCCUCGCGCUUGACCGGCACCUGCCUGCAGGACCACAGGACACAGCCCAGGGCUUCCGCCCCCAUGCAGCCGGGCUGUCUUUUAUAAGGGCUUGUUUUCCCAAGAGCCACGGGCUCAUGAACUUUGGGACGGGGUUUCUGCACUGGGUGUAAGAAAGAUCCUGAUUUUUCUGUACAAGUAUUUAACCUCUGUUCAGUCUGCCCUCAGAACUUUGCCAUCAUUCCCCCAAGACUCUGGGGACUUUAUUUUAAAACAUUGCUUGGAAAGAAUGAAUUCUUACAUUACAUGGGAGGGCCCAAGUGACAGGGAUUGCCCGAGUCCCUAGGGAAGGGAACUGAUUUCAUCAAAGGUCCCCUGUGUACCAGAUAACUGCUUGCCAUCACCUCUUCACCUCAUUUUCCUGAAGGUGUGGCAGACACUUAGCAAAACUCGAGCCGAUGAGCCCCCCCAGGGUGGACAGCUUGAAGUGGUGGCAAAAGGCUGGGCUGGAUUGUUCUGUGGCACAUGCGGGUUUAGGAGACAGGGAAGGCUUACUGAGGGCAUGCUCUGCGGAUCCUGAAGAGCAAGACUGAGGCUGCCCUGCUCUAGUGGAGCUGUGAGGGGAGGGCAGAACAUCCUAGAAGGGCCGCAGGCCUGCCCUCCAGGGGAUUCCAGAAGCCUGACCCCCACAGGUCACGCAGGCUGCCCGCCUCGAGGACGUGAAGAGGAGCCGAGAGCCACCUAGUCCCACAGAGGCUGCAGGACCUGAAAUUGCUGUGUUCUCACCUCAGUCCUCAGUUCUUCCCUCAGUUCUUCGGAGGAGUGCGAGGAGCCUGGCUGGGGACCCUGGGCUUGGGGCUCCGCCUCCUGGGAAACAGCUGCUGUUGAGAGGCUGUGGAGAUGGAGGAGUCCUGUGUUGGACUGGCCUGUUCACCCACUGCAGACAUAAGCUAGGUAGUGGGGGCCAUGAGAUUUGGAGGGGGACGCAAAGACUUAGCACUGACUGACUUCAUUACCCAAGGUCUUCUUAUGGUCCAGGAGGGUGGGCAUGGCCUGUGUCGUCUUUAUCCUACACUUGGUGUUGCACUCCAUGGAUAGAGCCCCCGGCCACCGUUUAAAGGGAGCUCAGGGCUGGAGAGAUGGCUUAGCCUUUAAGGUGCUUCUCUGCGAAGGCUAAGGACCCAUGUUCGACUCUCCAGGUCCCAUGAAAGCCGGAGGCACCAAGUGAUGCAAGUGUACAAGGUUGAAUUGCAAUGGCUGAAGACCCCUGUACACUAAUUCUCUUUCUCACACUCUUUCUCAUUAAAAAAGCGGCGGUGGGGUGGGGGAGCUCAGCAGAGUAGGGGCCCCGGACCUUGCCCUGUUGCUGGGACUGUCACAGUUUUCGACUCCAGAACUUGAGAGCUGGCUUACCUUCCUCAUCCUCAAGGUUUGAGUGCUCGGUGGGGUGAGAACAGCUCUGCAGCCCUGGUUUCUGGUCUGGGGCAGGAGUGCCAUUCCAGUGGACCAGAGGAAUAAGAGGAGGCUUCAGGACAGACGCCUCAUGAUGGUGUAAUGUUAUCUGAGGCUGAAGUUCUUCCGGUUUGGAAAGGAGGAGGGGAGGCCACUCUGAGAUAAGGGGAAAGUAGAUAGGCCUGCUCAGGAGGGGCAGAGGCAGGACCACAUGCCACCGGGCUUGGCUGGCAGCAGUGAAACCCACUUCGCGAGGACUUUCUCUGCCAUAUGCAGAUCUAAGGAGUUUGCUCAGCAGAUGUGGACCAACCUGCCAUUCCUAUGCUCCAUCUAGUACCCAGAUGUCGAGAUAAGGCUGGGCCCAGCAAGGGACAAGCCAGGCCAGCUAGCCACCCGCCCACCUCAUCCUGACUGAGAUCAACUUACACAGAGUGGCAAUGGGACCCAGCCCAGCCUGCUUCCUGGUUGGGGCUCCCAGAGUACCCACCCGCUGAGCUGCACAGCCUGUUCUCGGGUGUGCCUGGAGUCCAGGUGCCUUCGUUUCUGAAUUGAAUCUGCAGAUCCAAAGCUGGCGGCUUGCUGGGCCCCUUCCUGGCCUAGUCCCUGUGCAAGACUGGAUCGGGACCGCCAGACAUGGUCACUAGCUUCCGGACCUCCUCCCCUUGUACUCUGGAUGUUUGGCUGUACAUUCCGGAUCCCUCUCAGGCCCUACUCCUGCGGGUGUUGGAUUGUGUUGUGUCUUCGUUUUAUUUUGAAUUCAAAAUAAAUACAAGUCAGGGGAUGAGAGCUUUACCAGGCCUCAACAGGGAGGGAGCAUUGGACCCAGCUAGCUCCUUGUUUUGUUUCGGGGAAUUUAAAGGGGCAUAAACCCCAGAGUCCUAGAGUUCCAUUGUGUGAAGGAAUCUCUCUGCUGUCUCCUCCAGGGGUCUCUUUCCUUCUGUCUACGAGCUUCCCUUUCGGGACAGCUUGGGCCUUUGACAGCUAAAAUCUGGAUUCUUGGGGCUUUGUCAUCCCUGGGCCUGUUUGUCCUGUGGCCAGGGCACAAGGUGAGGCUACCACUGAUCUCAUAGGAGCCACCGAUCAAAUAGAAGAGGAGCUGUGCCUGCCGGGACAUGGGUUCAGCUGCCUGGAGGUCACAGUGCCAAGGACGGGCAACAGAGAGAACAGAGAAGAGUCCCCUUCCACUGCGAUGUCACCUCCGUGCCAGCUGCUUUGGGUCUCUGUCCUCUGGACAUGCUAGAAUGUUAUUUGACAGAGCCUGAAGUAGGCCCUUGUCAUGCAAGUCCUAAGGCUGCAGGUUUGGGGUGGGCUGCCAUAGCCUGGGGACGCAGAGCUCAGGGUUGAGCCUUGGAUUUAUGUGGGUGACCAUAAGAUCUCGGACAAGUCACCGAUCCUGAAGACAUUAAGCUUUCUCAGCUCUAAGGUGGGAUGAUAAUGAAUGGUGCAUCUUCCUUCAGCACGGGAGGAUUUGGUGGCGUCACCCGUGUAAAGCUCCUGUCCUCCCCCCAGCCCCCGUUAGCGCCUCUCACAUUGAUGGUGGCGCACAGGGUUUCAGGGUGACAGGAGGGGCAUCCCUCUGCAGACAUCCCAUUCCUUUACAAUCUCCUCAUUAGAACCUCUUUCCAGGUCCUGUGCCCUCAGUUUUGUGCCCUGCUUUGUUUGGGCAUCUGACUCUGAAAAAUAAGACUCUGACAAGCUGCCUGGUGGAGGUCGUUCCCUCCCCACUAAUCUAUGUGGGUGAGGGUUAUGAGGUGCGAGCAGAAUGAGGUAGGGAAGGACAGAGGGACAAGCAAGGGUGUAACCCCAUAGCCCACAGGGAAGCCCUGGCCCUCCUUCCCCUGAUAGGGGCAGUAGACCCUGGGCACUUCUGGCUCUAGGGCUUGCAGGCUGAAGCCACGUGAGCCCUGGAGUCGCUCUUUGCAUAGGGCAAUAGGCCUAUCCCAAAGUGAAUGAGUGAAGUGGGUCCAUGGGCAGGUGUAUUCGUGCCUCCAACAGCCCAUCACCCACUCCUCGGGGGAGCCUGUGGCCCAUAGAAUGCCCAGGCACUUCCUCUGUCUGCUGUUUGGAAGCAGUGCGGUCUUCUCCAUGUUCUUGCCAAGUGACCUUGGUUUAGUUGAAGGCAAAGCUUGGCAUUUGUCCAUUUGAAUUCCUUCCCAUUUGUCACUUUGGCUGACCCAGUUUUGUCAUCUGAAGCUAUGAGUAGUCCCUUAUCAGUUGUCAUUCAUCUAGUCAGGCAGGGUGGGGCAGGGCCACUGUGGAGCCUGGAGUAUGUCACUGGGUCAUCAGGUAGGUCAGCAUGGUCCCCGGGCUUCUCCAGAUUCACAGGGACCUCAUGAAUGGA